AUGUCUGAAUAUCCGACAUUCCAGCUUGGCAAGUCUCGUUUCGACCAGGUACUUUUAUUUUAUUCACUUCACUGACAUCUGCCCCACUUUAAAAGUGCACUUUAAACACGAGAAGGCCGGUGACAUUCGACCCGCAGUGAUUUACCUGUUAGAUGUUUAACCUGCUGGCUUAUUUUUCUUCAUUAGCACACACCUGUAGCUUCACUCUAGUUUAUUCAACGUUAUUUUAAUUGGGUUUCUUACUGCUCACUCUUGCUGCUGCACUCAUUCAUUGUUUCAGCACUUUAACAAACACAAAUAUGCUAUAAUUGAAGCGUUUUGGUGGGUUCUAGGCCAGCAAAAGACUGAAAGAUUAACGACGAUAAGUAAAUGUUAAAAUGACACUCUUUUAAAUGAGUUAAAAAGCAUUCAUUUUUCACUGUUUACAUUAAUUUACAAAGUUGACGUUAUUUGAACUUAAGCUGAGGACGCAGCCUUACGUAAACUUACGUAAGAUUUGAAUCUCAACCGUCAACUCGAGGAGCUCGAGCCCCAACCAAUGCAGAUAUCCCAGCUAAAAUAAAUCUAGGAUCGAUUUUAUUAAUUAUACAGUCUACGGAUUGAAUUUGGGUUUGUUGUGAACUAUGUAGAAACAGCCAAGUUAAAAAGCAUUCAUUUUUCACAGUUUAUGUCAAUUUACAAAGUUGACGUUUUUUAACUUACGCUGAGGACGCAGCCUUACGUAAAUUUACGGUUUAAGGGUCAACGAAUGCAGACAUCCAAACUAAAUAUGAUCGAUUUUACAUUUUAUAUAUUAACUAUACGAAUUUGUUUUUGUGGUUAACUAUUUAGAAACAGGCAAAUCAAACAAACAAAAAAGACCAAUGUGUUUUUGUUUGUACAACGUGUUUACAGGAAGCUAAUUUAACUGCUUUCAUUUUCUUGACUAGUAUUUCUACCAUUUGGUUUUCCUCGCUAAAAUCACAGCUAACCAAUUUGUAACAGUGUUUGUUUCUGUUUUGUUUUUUAUUCGAAAUUACUUUAAUACAAUAUUUUGUUUUUUGCAUAUAGCACUAGUUCAACAGAUGUUAUCGUCUGCAAGGAUGAUACAAAAACUUGUUGACAAGACUUUGUCAUUCUUACAGUAAACAAGUGACAAGAUUCACUUUAACAUUAACAUGUAUUCGCAAGACAAUAACAAUGAAGUGCAAAUUUAAAUGCACUUUAUAAAUAACGUAGUUUUCAGUAAAUGUUUUGCACAUUUGGAUCAUUUUAAGGAGACUUGAAUUAGUUGAAUUGUAGGCUAAUUAAGUUGUGAAUGGCCUGAGAUCCACUUUUCUUGCCACUGUCAAAUCGAGUUAAGAUUAUUAUUUUAAGUAACUUAAAAUAGUGUAUAGUAACCUAAAGUAGUGUAAAAUUAAUUCACACUUCUACCUGCCAGUGUCAGUCUGAUUGAACAUUUAAAAAAACUAUUCCCCAGUUGUGUUUUUACUAACUAUCCAUAUGUUCAGGAAGUUACUCGGUGCAGCAGUGAGUCAGAAACCAGAUUUUCAUCCAAAUUAGCUGUUAGAGUAAUUAAAGUGAAGUUAGGGAAGGAAUGGUGCUACUCAAAGCUACACAGUAAGCUACUAAAUUACUCCUUCUGCUCAGUUAUGAAUAAAUGAUUGAAAGGUAUUUUUGGCACCGUCAUUAGAGAAAGUAAUUGCAAAUGGUGUGAGUGAAUUCAGGUCCCUAAAAGAUGCAGAUAGGAAACAGUAUGUCAGUGGUAUUAAUGAGGAGGCUCCACCUGGUGUGUUACAACAGCUGGCAUGCUGUAAUGUGACUGCGUACAAGCUGACAGCUGGAAUCUCUCCGCUUAAAGAAAUAACACCGAAUCCUUUUUACUGCAUUUAUAUGAGUUAAUUUUCAAUCUGAAUCUCACGACCUUAAGUUAUUUUGCUCUUAAAAUGAUAAACUUUUAAAGAGUUUGAGUUGUCUUAUGUUGAUCAAUUUAUGCUAAAAACAGAUGAUAGUAACAAAAUAAGAAUUUCAUUCAUUUUUUUCUUUUCAUUUGAGAUCAUGUUUGAUGUUUCCUCUCCUAGAACACUUUUUUUGGUCGCUUCAGACACUUCCUGGACGUGAUUGACCCCAGCACACUGUUUGUGACAGAGGUAACUUCAUUUUUUAUUCCAUGGCUCUGUUACUGUUUUACUGUUUUAUGAGAGAAAGGUUAAAGUUGAUUACUUACUGUGCUGAUAUAUCUUUGAGACUCUACAAUCAAGCUUCUAUCCAUGCCCAUAUCCCAAAUUUGUCUAAGUGGACUGUACAUUGUAGAAGUACAUUGACGCAACCCCACUGAGCAUUUGUUGGUCUAAAAGAGGUCUAAUAGACGUCUAAAUAUAGCCGAGACAACUAGUCUAAAAUCAGGCUACCACAGGUCAAAAAAUGAAAGUUUUUUAGACAUCUAAAUUUAGACCAAGUUUAGACCAAGUCUAAAACCUGACUGUAUCUAUACUACACUGUAUAUUGCUCAACGACUAUCAUAAUCAUUUGGGUUAAGUGCUUGGAGAUCAGUUAUGCAACUCACAGUUGCUUUUUGAAAUAAAUAGUUACGAAUAAUGGGUUAAAGUGCAAUGUCUAAAUUCCGUCUAAAAACAUAUACAGAAUCUAGACGGUUGAAAUUAGGUCUAAAACAAAACUAGAUGUCUAAUAGCCGUCUAUUGCUCAGUGGGUACAUUACAGAAGUAGCAUUAAAGAGAUGGGAUGAUGCUUUUUAUAUCUUAAAAACACAAAUAACCUAAAUUUUUGAUUUUCAAUACUAGAUUUGGGCAGAGUUUAAAAUUGUAAAAAUUUGUUGGAGUAAUCUGGCUGCUCUGGACAGCUUGUUCAAAAAGUCACACAAGACCUUGGUGAGGAGGGCAUGAGAUCUACUCAAUUAUUUGUGACAUCACGAAUUGGUCAAGCUUAUAACAAAUGAAACACCAAACAAAAACAUCCUGCUCUGUUUUUUUAUGCUGAGGAUUUUCUUAUCAUUUCCUUUUCAGACCUUAUGGGACAGAGUCAGAGUCCUAAACUGGAUGACAAUGAAUUUGUAGCAUGGCAACAGUGGGAAACUAGAGGUUUUAAGGACAGCUUCAGAGGGAGCAUUUUAAUGAUCAUGGUAAUCGUGUUGUAUUAGGAGGUUUUGUUUGGCUGCUCUGCUCUCCCUAGAUACUGGUUGGAUUUCAGAAACUGUACUCCCCAUCAGUCAAGCACAUGGAAAUCAGGGCCCAGGUUGAAGAACACCAAAGUUCCCCUUUAAGUACUUUCUUGUACCUAGAGUCGAAUCUUUAAACUUUUGGGUUACAGAACAUUGCCCAGUCUGGUCCUCCCCCUCAUGCUUCUGCAGGUCUCUGCUGUGUUUUGGUAAUUUUGCUCAUGGAGUCAUCAGAGCUCGGGCGCUCUGGGUAAUGAGCUGUUAGCGGGCUCUUUGGUGACAGUAAUAGCGGCAGUAGCUCCUGGGAUGUGAUGAGGUGUGGACAUGCGGGGCAGCUGGGAGGGGUGGAGAGCGUGUGCACUCUCACACACUCACACUCACACACACCUUGCAUCCUGCUGGGCUGGGCAGAGCCUCGACUUGCCCUUAAUGACAAGAGUGGAACAGGGACGGCGAUGAUUUUGCAUGCACACACACUUAUAUACACACACGUACGCAGAUGGCAAGCUCAUUAGAACAAAUUGGGCCACAUGACCCGGUAUUUUGCUCAGCAUUAGACAAUGAUCACACCACAGAAAGCUGCUCAUUACCUUUUAGGAAACUCAUUUGUCAACUGAAAACCAGCAUGAAAGUUUUCGUGAACACACAAUUAUCGCACAUCGAGCUGUGGGGCUCACAGAGUGGAGGAGGAAAAACAGACAAAGACACUUCAGAAUAUGUGUGACUUUGCAUUUUAUGAACUACAGUCCUGAUUACAUGGACUUAUUUAUACUGAAUUUAUUCUGAGGCACAUUAUGUUAAAGGAUUUCUUGACUUAAGAUUUAUUGAUAAUCUUAAUGGUUCUGAUUUUCCUUUCCAGCAAAAUUGUGUCAUUAAAUUGUGUCAUUCAAACUCUUAACAGUACAGUAAGUUUUGUCUAUUUUUGUCAAACUAGAAACGACUUCAGGAAUGUGUGAAGCUGCUCGACCAAGUCAAACAAGGAACUCUUCCUCCAGGAGUGACAGAUGCACAGGUAACGGCACAAAAACAUGAUCGUCAAACUUAGUCAGGGCAUUGAAGUCGUGUAAGCAAGCCUUUUUGGGGGGAUUUCAAAGUGUAAGGUGACUGUGUUCAGGAUGAAAUAUUUCCCCAUUAAAGUGGUUGUGUUUUGUUUUUACAGCUUUGGCAAGCUCAAAAAGUAAAGCAGGUAGGAUGUUUUUCUUUUUAUCUGCUCCUUAUCUGACCAACUUAUCGUCAUCUGUUAUCAUCUCUGCCUGUUGCGUUACGGGUCAGAGGACCUGCAAACAACACUCACACACUCCUCAACACUUUGACUCUACACUCAUGUGUUUAUACGGUAAAUAUCCUGCAAAGUGGCUCAAAAAAAAACUCUAUUAGAAUGACAUUAGCAGGGGCGUGCACAGAGGGGGGCCAUGGGUGUCAUGUACCCCACUUGACAUCUUGUUGUCAGCAACAUGUGCAGAAGUUUGCAUGUAAUCUGUAUUCUGUUCAGUUCUCAAAGAAUCAAUUUUAGAAGAUUGAACUGCUGCAGUUCUGUUGUUUUACUUCUAAAAGUCAUAAAACUUUACACAGAAACAUGAUGUCAGCAUUGAUGAGUCUAAAUAGAUAAUAAUAAGUGGUUUUGCUGAUGUGUGCUUCAUGCCCUCCAUGUGGAAUUGUCCCAGUGUGGAUACAUUAACUUUGGUGCUAAUAAGCAGAGAGUGCCAACUUCCAAAGAUAUCUGACAGUCAGUGAACUGCAGGUGCACACGCAGUCAGCUGUAGUAAGAGCCAUACUUAUAGAUCUACAAAAGUGUUAAUUAUCAGAUGAGUCAACUAUUUUUGAUAGUUUUUUUAAUGUUAACUAACUUAAGAUUGUGUAAUCUUAAACUUUUGAACACCAAUGUUCACCAAAGAGAUUCAGGAUGAAUCCAGUUAUUGUUGUUUGAUUUUCUUUCAGAAACAUUAAUAUUUAAUUCACCUCUAAUGUUUCCUCAUCACGCUCUAAUGAUUAGUUAGUCAACGGCCACAUUUGUCAAAGUAUUUAAUUUGUUUAGAGUGCCUUGGGUUAAAUCAUUUUGUGAAAAGUGCAGCACAAAUCAAGUCUGAAUAAAAGAACAAAACCUCUGUGUUAAGUUUAAACUACAUAACUAGAAAAGACUUCUGUACCUAUAAUUAUUAGUAAAAAUGUAAAAUAAAGAGCCUUGUUAGGCACUUUUUCAGGGUAUAUUUAACCGUGAAAACUUUGCCUGUCAGUGGUUAAACAUAGUGGUUCUCUGAGUUGUGUUUUUGUACAGUAUAUGUCAGAUAAGAUGAAACCGUUUUGCUGGACUAUAUACUGUAGAUCUUUGGGACAUCCUUCACAUAUUUAGACACGACACCCCCCUCAUUCUUCACAUGCUCGUGGCUGUCUUCAAAAGGUCUAAGAAAAAUCCUCCGUUCCUCUUCAAUCAGCUGAUCUCAUCGAUGUCAGGGCAGUAAGGGAAAGAGAUUUCUAUCAGUCUAUCUUGAGACAGCGAGAAUGCUGCACUGUGAGGACGUUGUAGUUUGUGUUAGGUGUGUAAAUUUAAGAUUUUAAAGCUGAGAUUUUUAAAAAAGUUUUCUUAAUUGUGCUUUCUUUAAGUAAAACUUUCUUCUCAACAUGUUUAGCAGAAAUAACCUUGAUCAUUCAGUCCUCAUUAUCGUCUUAUGCUGAUCAUCAUGCUCCUAUUACAGGCCAUCAUCCACCCUGACACCGGGGAGAAGGUCCUCAUGCCCUUUCGGAUGUCAGGUACAGUAUCUCGGGAGCCUCGGGGGGGGGAAGGGGGAUCUGGGGGCUUGUUAUGUGGUCCAACACGGAGGCAUCGUUCACCCCGGGAACUGUCACAACUCCACGGGGCUCUUCAGGUUGUCUGGGAAAGGUCGGACUCAGCUGGGCGCUGAUUAAAACGUCUCCCCCACAGUGACCGAGAUGUUCUCGAGGUCUCUGGAGGAGCGUAUGAGUGUUUUGGUCCAAUCUUAAAGCACAUUUUUGUGAAGCUGCUUUUUAAAGUGUUGAAAGAGAAGAAAUGAGAGAGGAGGUGUACACACAGUUAGAUCUUCACAUUAACAACAUUUAUAUCUCAGACAAAUGGGAAGGAGCCUUAAAAUCCUACUGCUCUAUUAAACAUGUACAGAUCAAUACUUUACGAUGUGAAUCCUGACUUAUUUAUUCAUAAACUCUUUCUUUGAACAGGUUUUAUCCCUUUUGGCACACCAGUGGUAAGACCUUUUUAUUCAUGUAUCAUUUAAAAAGCUCAUGUUGUUGUUUAUUAUAAUCCACAAAUGUCGUCCAAGGCAGCAAAGAUAGUUAUUCACAAAUAAACUGAAUUAUUAAAUGUUGUGUUUUAAACUAAGGUGUGCAGUCCAAUCAACCAUCAUCCUCUGUUUCUGUAAUUUUUGUCUUUUUACGUUAAGAAUUUGUUCUGUUUAAAAAAAGAUUUAUCUCUGGGCAGGUUGUCGGCCUCCUCCUCCCAAAUCAAACGUUAGUGUCGACCAUCUUCUGGCAGGUAAAUACAUCCAUAUUUUACACACCGUUUCAAGAAAGAACAGACUGUUGCUGCAGGGUAUUGACCAAUCAGAAUCAAGUAUUUAACAAUGCUGCGUAAUUCAUUUCAAGAUAUGUCUGUUUAUGUUUGCAGAUUUCUGCAUCAGAUUAAAGCUCCUGUCAGGAAUUUUUAUGUGGUUAUGCAACAACCACAGAAAUUGAUACUGCUGCCUCCUUAUGACCCCAAAAUGCAGACAAGACCACCAGCAAUUAAUAUCACAAAUUAUACCACAGAAACAUCUAUUAUAAGUAAGAGUUUGUUAAGUUAUGCCUGGAAAUGUUGUAUCCUCUCUUCUUCGUUUGACUUGUUUUUCCUUUGCAGUGGUUAAACCAGAGUCACAAUGCCUGUGUCAACUACUGCAACCGCAACGCCUCGAAGGUAACUUAACAGUAAAUCAGUAAAGCAACCCAGGCCCUCUCUGUAUGAACAGUUGUGUAUGAGCUUAAUGAAAUUCUUACAUAAUUUAUCCUUCGAUUUUCCUCUCACUUUAGCCGGCUCCAGUUUCUAAAUUUGUCCAGGGAUACCUCGGAGCAGUGACCAGCGCAGUCUCCAUCGCUGUGAGUACCGAACAUACGCUGAAUAAGCCCUUUGACUCCAUAUUUUGUCUUGACAGCAACAGCUCAGACAUUUACUGAUCAGUAUGUCUGUUAUGUCAGGAGCAAAACAAAAGAAAAGCCGAAAACUUUAAAAGCCGAAGGUUGGAGGUUUUCACAUGUAUGUCUGUAAAAUCCUCUGUCUCGGGUUUGUAGAUUCGUUACCGAGUGAUCACAUAUGUCAGAGGUAUGGUGGCCCUGUAGGUCAACUGCACAACAAUCAUGACUGUAAAAAAAUGUCUCAUGGAUGCUAAAAUCAUCUCUUUAAACACAAAUGUUUAAUUGAACCCACAAAAAUGUACAAAACCUGAAAAUAUUUCAUGGAAUCAAACAACAUUUUACAAGAAAUGAAAUACGAACAAAGUAAAAAAAAAAAACUUUCUACGACCCAAAAAUGUUUGAAAUAAUUCUUUUUUUUGUUUUUCCAAACGGGAAAAAAUUCUAUAACACAAAAAUAUUUUAUGACACAAAAAUGCUUUCAAUGGAAAAAUUGCGCUACAUUGUAAAAUUUUAGAUAGACACAAAAAAACAUCAGCAAACAUUGAAAUUCCUACAUUUUAUGAAGCUAAUACAUUUUUUUGUUUUGGUUUGUGUUUUGUUGUAGAUUUUCAUUUUAAAUUUUUUUUCUAUUUUGCUGAAUAUUUUCCUCAUAUUUGGAACAUUAUAUUUUUCAUAAAAUAUUUUUCUUUUUUUUUGUAAAAUUUUUAUUAACUUAAAAAAAAGUAAUUUUACACUUUAUUAUCUUUCUUCUUAAUUUAUGAUUUUUUGAGCGUUAGUUAACUAUUUUUGUUCUAUUAAACAUGUUUGUUCUGUUAAAUUUGGAACAUUAUAUUUUUCAUAAAAUAUUUUUCUUUUUUUUUUUUCGUUUAAUUUUUAUUAACUUUUAAAAAACUAAAUAAUUUCACACUAUCUUUUUUCUCACUAUUUUUUGUUCUGUUAAACUCUUUUUCCAUUUCAUUCCAUUCCUUGACUUGCCUGACACCUGCCCUUUGGUUGGCCAUUAAAAGCCCUAAAAUAACAAUACAGAAAUAAUCAGUCAUGUGACCUGUGGAGGCGUCAUUACUUAUUUUAGAUCGUUUCAUUACCUGCUGAAAACUCCUUAUAGGAGCUUUAAGUUAAAUCUGAGUAUUCUAAAAUGUUCAGACCCCAGCAGAAACCUUUGUAACGGAGCUUCGAGACGCCCUCAGCAGUUUGACCUCGUUUCUUACCUCAAUAACAUCAAAGACCAGGAUGUCAAAAGAGUGAAACACACGUUCACACACCUGCCUGAAACAGCUCCUGGUGUGGAUACUGGGCUCAAACCGAGCCAAUUACUGGUCCCACUGGGCGCCCAUCCGGCUGCUGCCCUCAGGCUUGACAACGGCACCAAGCACAGAAAAAACUCAUGGGGUGCCUUGAGGGUGGAUCGACAAGAGUGGAGGGGGGCAGGAGCUCUCCAAUUAAAUGUCUGCUCCAGUGACGACCCCCUGCUGGGCCUGGGAGAGCUGGAGGCUGAGGUGGUGAUGGUGUGGUACACCGGCGCUCGGAGCCUUUAGACCACAGCUUUCCAGUGUGUUAAAAUGAAGUGCGGUGUUUGAUGGUCACUGCAGAGAGAUGAAUAUUUUUAUCUCUUUUUCCUCAUGAUACCAAAUAAGACAAUGUAGUACCAGAACCUGUCUUUACUGAACCAUACCACACGAGUCAUUAGGGGACCAAAACUUGUUUAUUCAGUGUUUGUAAAUGACCAGUGGGCCCAAGUUUGCUUCAUUGACUUUUAAUAACUUGUCUGAUGGUCUGAAUCAUGCGCGCCUGUUUUUUUCAGGUCGGGCUGAACCUGCUAAUUAAGAAAGCCAGCCGCUUCAGCCCAACUACCAGGCUUUUGGUGCAGAGGUUCAUCCCCUUCCCGGCUGUGGGUAAGUGUAAAAAGCUCAGUCAAUCACAAGAUGGAAAAGACAGAAAAAAAGGCCUGAUCUUUGAGAAAAUACCUUUUAUUUUCUUCUUUUUUGUUUUAGUAAAGCUCACAUGAAGAAGAGCUUAAGAAUUUGAGUGGUACUUGCUGUGAUUGUACGAAGACAGCAGAGAGCAUAAAAGCACCAGAAUGAAAGACCUUUCUUUGUAACACUGAGCAGUGGACACAUCAGAAAGUGCGAUGAAAUUAUUAUUUUAUACUUAAAUACUAUACUCACUUACAUUUUCAGUCCUGUUCAUAAGUUAAAAAAAACAUACUUGUUUUCAGAACUUAAACUCUUUAUUUUUAAGUUGAAAAGGCACGUUGGUCUUCGAUGGUCUGAAUACUGUCCCUAGUGGUUCCAAGAAGAACUGUUUGCUUUUGCUACAGGGGACCCAAAUGAAAAAAUGGCACCAUCUGCUGGAAAAUUAUAAAACUACAAAUUUUAAACUAAGCCCACAAGUCGAAUUUAAGUUCAGUUUUUCCGCUGCAAUGGUCAUGUGAUGAAAAAAUGUGGUUAAAAUGGUUUUAAAUGUGUCUGUUUUUGGCCAAAUAGGCUUAAUGUGAUUGUUUUUAUUAAAGAGGUCUUUUUUAACAGCUUGAGUUCAAAUGAUACGGUUCGUAAAGAGCUGCUCUGUCAGGAUUAUGAUUUUCUGUAUGAGAGCCAAACUCAGCCGGCUGGUUGGUUCCUUUCUGCUCCUCACAGUCCGUUUUUCCUCGGCAGGGUUAGAGACGUGUUAGAGCUCAGAUUGUCAGACAUAUGUGAAGCCGCUGAGCUGAUUUCAUGCCUCUUUCCCACAAACACACAGUCGCACCCAGGGGUAUAGACCCGUGUCCCAGAAUGCCCCGGGCUGCUGGCUCAUAAUUAAAUUGUUUGCCUGCCCCCUCUCUUACCACGGUGGUUCUUUCAAUUAAUUCAACAGGUUUCCACAGUGCAGCCUUUGCCUGGUAAUUGGCUGCUUGUUAGAACUCUGCUGCUGCAAACAAAUUGGAUAAUUACCCCCAAAGUGGCGUCUAUGUCAAGGCCUCAUUUACCUGAUUUCUGUUUGUGCAUUGUUGUUGCUGCUGUUGUUGUGGUAGGCCGAUAUAAAAGGUAAUUAAAAUGGCUAAUUGAAGCGAGCGAAAGUAAAGUGCUGUUUGAUUUUUCACCCGCUUGAUUUUGUUUGCUUACUUAAGGCUGGAUUUAUUUGUAAUAACCCAAUCAGGCGGCUGCCUGUCAUUCAUUUGGAUGAUAAAGACCUCGACCGCUGCAGGAAAUGUAUGAGGAUAAUUAAUUUGUUGUCUUUUGAAAAUAUUUGUCAUUAUUUGUGAUAUUUAGGAAGCCAAUUACGUGAAAAAUUCUUGGAUUAAUUUCCAUGAGUGUACUGCUAGUUAUUAGAUGGCAAUUAGAAUAUGCAAAAUGUAAUUAUUUCAAAUAAUUACAAAUUAUAGCCUCGUGUUUCAGCAUUAAAUUCGACUGACUGUGAUUAUAUUAAUAAAGGCGUCAAAUUAAUUAUAAAAUUGAAUCAAUAAUUGAACACAGUCCUUUGAAAAUUAGUCCUGGUUUUAUAGAUUUUUGUUACCAGAGUCUUUCAGUCUGUCCCCUCUGUUAAUUGGUCUGGAUAUUAAAAAAAAAAAACCUUUUAGGUAAAAAGAGCUAUUUGCUCAGUCAAUUGAAUUCCCCUCACAAAGCGACCUGUCAGCCCUGCAGCUCUUAGUAAAGAUAACUCUGAAUGCUGUUGUCUUAAAUUAAAACGGCCUAAAGCAACAUCACUUAACUCUCUAAAAUGAGUUUUUCUUAUUCCUAUUAGAGUCAAGGAGAAAGGUCCGUUUGCAUUAACAUACAUUUGUGUUGAUUUUGGCUUUUGUGAAUACAUCUCUUGACACUGCUGUACGUCCACCUAUGGGUUGACUUACAUUUUAAAGCUCCUGUAAGGAAUUUUUAACCAAUUAUAAGUCACACUGAAAUGAAUAUAGAUGCCUUUUGAUGACCUACAAAAAAAAAUAAUAAUAAUAUCAGGGCAGUAAUGAACUAUCUGGAAGGUUUCAUUAAAGCAGGGGUCUGUGUCUUUAUAAAUGCAGGUACACCUUUGACACUUUUCUGGGAAAUAAAAGGAAAAAUCAUCUUUUCUCUCAAAUAUAAUCAGCUUUAAAACAGUACCUUCGGGCAACAACCAGCCUUUUCUUUUAACGUUUGAACUCAUUUUUCAUUCUUUAAUUUUUGAUAACAUUCUCACCUCCUCACAGCGAGUGCAAACGUCUGCAACGUGGUGCUCAUGAGACACUCGGAGCUGUCGGAGGGCAUCAGUGUGCUCGACGACAACGGGAACGUGGUGGGAACAUCCAAAGUAGCUGCCAGGCAUGUAUGUUACUCAGUGUGAGGCUUUCUUUUCUGUGUUGACACUUCAGAUGUAGAUUUGUUUGGUCAUGAGUGUUGAUUUAUGAAAUACUGUCAAUGUGUAGACCCAAUAACUGUUUGGAUGUUGAAGUAAAUGUUCAUAAAAACGGAAUUUAAUGGUUUGCAAAUCAUUAUCAACCUUUGAUUUCUUUGAAAACGGUGCAGAGACGUGAGAUUCGUUCAGAGAUUUCUCUAGAUCCCUUUAAUCUUUUAAAGAUAUUUUGUACUAUAGAUGAUGAAUUCCUAGAAUGUUUGGAUUUUCUCCUCUGAGGAGCAUUAAUUGGAAAUUGUUCGACUAUUUUCUUACUCAGUUUCUUACAAGAGUGAUUCACCUCUUCCUAUCUUCACUCCUGAGAGACUUAGCCUCUCUGUAACGCUCUUUUAAACCCAGUCAUAUAACUGUUCAGUUUCAAAUAAACUUCAUUAGUUUGGAGAUAUUUCUUUAGGUGUUGAUUUUUGAUCAUUACAGAACUUUUUACGUGUUUUUUGGUCCUUGUUCAAAAAGUUAUGGAACAUGCUGUCGGCAUUACAUUUAUAUAAUUCUCAAAAAACAAUCAAAAAUUUCCUUUUUUACUUUUUUUGCAUAACUUUCAGUUCAAUACAUGUUUUAAAUCUGUUUUUAUCAACAUUUUACAUCAAACCUUAACUUUUAUUUAACUGGGGUUGUUGUUUGAUGCUCACUGUCGCUUAUGAGAUGUUGACAUUUCAAGAUAAAAACCACUCCUUUUUUCGAUAGCAUCAGAAAUAAACUUUAUUUCUUUUGUUUCUUGUUUCAGGCUCUAUUAGAAACAGCUCUAACCAGAGUGGUUCUACCGAUGCCGAUUCUUGUGCUCCCUCCUAUGAUCAUGGCCUCCCUGGAAAAGUGAGUAUUCAUCAUAUUUGUCUGCCUGUGAACUCAAAGCUGUGAGGUUGUCUGUUCCUGGGAAUCAAAAAGCUCCACAUUUAGGAUCUUUAAAUAAAACAUAGUCUCAGAUUACUUCGUCCUCAGAGCUGCUGCUGCUGCAGUCAGUGAACCUUUCCCCUCGCUGAGAUUUAGUGCUGUGUGAUAAGACCGUAAUGAAGUCUUAAUGAUGCAAUGUGUUUAUACGGACGUCCUGUGAUCGAUGGCCUGACUGUGCCUGUGGUGUGUCGAGGAAUGCAGCCAUCUUUGUAAAUCCUUGACAGCACUUGUCCCAACCGCUCCGAGCAGGCGGGCUCAGGCAGCGAGGCCGGCUGCCCAGGUGUGUUUGGGAUUCCUGGCAGCUGGAUGCCUGAAUGGGGGGGGAGUAAAAGAGGAGAAGGGGGUGAGUGUGAGAGAGCUGGACUGUGGUUGCAGGUGAGUCGUGCUCAGCUUUCCUCUCUUGUCAGCUCGCCUUCAGUGGCUCUCAAUGGAGCGAGAACAAGGGGACAGAGACGGGUCCCUGUGCGGCCCCUCAGUGAUGGAUUGAGCUGGUGAGAGCAGAUUGAGGGCAGUGACAGUGAAGCUCGUGAAGGACAGAGCUUGCUAAGUAUGAGAGGCUACAGACGAAGUGUAUAUACUGAACAUUUAUACAUUUUCUGUGUCUUUAUAUUCAUGAGAUAUUUAUACAAUUACAUUUUCACUAAUAUCACGUCAAAGUUCAAAACCUCCAGGAUCAUGACAGCCCUGAUGACUCAUCUGCAUGUCCAUGAUGUUGUUCAAAAUCGAUUUGAUCGUUGAAUUAAAAGGCUUCUGGGUCUGAGUCAGUUUGAAGUCCUCAUGAGACCUCUGAAAGUGUUUUCCCAGCUCCUUUCAUUAGAUUACACUCAUCACUGUCUGUUUUCUUCUUUCCUUGUUCCUGCUGGUUUCGAACUGUGCACCCUAGUAUUUUUAUUCCAUCACCAUAGACUAUCAGACUGAACAGCAUGCUCCUAAAACAUGACUGAAACUGUAAAUUAUGUCUCCACAGUAGUUUUGCAGUUGACCUUAAAUGUUGCACAAAGAAAAGAGAAAUUCUUGAACUCUGUAAACUUGUAGGAAAAGAUCCAAAGUAUUAAAACAACUGCUUUGUUUUCUGCUGACGAACAAACACUCUCUGGCUUUUUAUUCGAUUCUGACACAUUUUCAUGCUCAUAAUCACCCCCACCUUCUUCUCGAGGUGUUUGAUUAGUGUACGCAUUAGAAACCUGCGCCAGGUAAAUUGUUCCUGUGCUUAUGCCUCUUUACACGCAGUGCAGCGGGUUCUGCAAAGAUGAGAAAAUAACUGUAAAUAAGGGUUAAUGAAAUACCUGAGAAGUGCAGGCCAGGUUAAAAGAAAAUCUGAAUAUCAGGGGAAAAGUUUUUUCUUAAUGAUGUAACUCUCUAGUUGAUUCUUGAUAUACAGUAUGUGAAGUAACAGAUUUUAAGCUUAUUUUUGUUUUAAACCCUACAGUGUGUCCAUGGGGUGCAGGUGAGUGCUAGCUAAUCAAGUAAAGUGAUUCCAUGUCGGUGGUAGUUUUGGCGCUGUGAGCAGGUUAGGGAUGGGAAUUGAUAGUAUUUUAUCGAUAUCGAUGCCAUUAUUGAUUCAGUUCUUUAAUGAUUCCCUUAUCAAUGCCUUUCUUUGAAUUAAAAAAAAAGAAAAAGUAGACUAUAGGUUUUUUAUUGAGUCUCAGAUAACAGAAAAAGAUGUAUGCCAAAAAAUAAUCAAACAACAAUCAAUUUGUACAGCAUUUACUUCGGUCAGUUUUAAGUCAAAUUAUGGUGACCUUAUUGUGAAUCCCCAAAAAGAGGACACUUCUAUGCUGGGCGGAGUCGUGCGCAAAAUUUUUAGGGUUUUUCGGGUCGGGCCGAGUGUUUUUUUUACGCGCUUCUAACUCAGUUAGUCCAAGCUACACAAACUAAAAACUUCCAUACAAAACCCAUUGGCGUCUUUCUUUGUAAAAUGAAUCCACGCUUUAUUUCGCUUCUGCCUACUUUUCGUACCUUUUCCUUCUGUUCUCGUUCAUGUCGACUGGCUCACCGUUUUUCAACGCACCCGUAAGAAAGGAAUCGUUAAGGGAAUUUUUAAGAUAUAAUGUAAACGAUGUCGAUUGAACCAUUUGGAACCGGUUCUCGAUUCCCAUCCCUAGAGCAGGUGCAGGAAAAGAAGUCUGUAUCUACUGGUGGACUUUAGGCUAACUUUUUAAGGCUCCAUCUCCAGAAGUGCAAACAGUUUCAAACGAUUGUUACGCUUUUAUGCAAAAAUUGAUUUCAUGGACUCUGACAUUUAUGAAAACUUCAUCAGAUACUUCUCAACCUUCAGGAAAAUUCAGCUUUUGACCGAGCGUUCACAUGGUUUAAUGCACAAGUGUCCAACACUGUAUCUUGCAGCCUUAUAUCUCAGUGUUAUGUUAGUUUGUCAUCAGUGUAACAUACAGUAUAAUAUACAGUAUUUAUUUAUUUCUUGUUGAAAUCAGAAGUGCGGUCUGUGUUUCCGUGUCUGACACGAGUCAGCAGGGAGAUGACAUUAAUUGAUCUUCUUGUGGCUGAUGGAGGCUCAGUCAGGGGGUGUCAGAGGUUCAUGUAAACAGUCAAACCUGUCCAGGAUCUCAAUCAGGAUAUAGACACCAGCCAGGGUAGUCCAUGUAAGUUACUGUAGAGCCUUUAUUCUAUCAGAUCCUGUCAUUAAGUUUAAAAAAUGUGGAGAUUUUUGAUAUUAAGGUUUUUUAAACGAACAAGCGCAGAGAGAAAAAAAAGCUUUUGAUAGUUACAACUUUCCUCUCAUUGACAUUCCUCUUUACGAUCCAGCUUUACGAUCUGCAAGUUUCGGUGUGUGCGUAUGUGUGCGUAUGUGUGUGUGUAGCCUAAUUAAACCAUGGCAGCCAUAUGUGUUAAUGAGCUCCCUCAUUAGGCAGUAGCUCUCCUCGUUAGGGGGAGAGGCGUCGCUGGUGGAGGAGAUAUGGAGCAGCUCUUUCUCAAGCUCCCGCUGAGUUCACUGUCCCGCACACUGAAGAGGGGAUUAUCCUACGGAGGGGCAGCUGGGAGGGAGGAGGAGGAAUCUGGGCUGAGAUGAGAAAAUGUAUUUCUGGAGACGGAGCCUUAAAAUUUCCUCAAAUAGUCUGUUUGUUGGAAAAGUUGCAGCUUUCACAGCUGAUGGUGAUAUAUUUGAAAGGUAUGGAGUACAUUCAUAUGGGAUUUUGCACACAGGAUUUUUACAACCCCAAUCCCAUAUCAACUGGUAAAGUGUUUAAAUAGUUCAUAAAAGCAGAAUUUGUUAGUCAUUUAAAUCUCAUGUUGGAAAUAGUGAAAGAAAAUUAAGCAAACAGCUGGGAAAUGUUAUUGAUCAAUGAAAAAGCAACUGGACUCUUCUACUUCUGAGCCGUGCUGUUGUGGUUCGUGCAGGAUCCUGUCUGGACGGCACCACGUUUCUCCAAAACCUGUAGAUGUUGUUCAGCAUCACCUUCUCAGAUGUGUAAACACCCCCAUACUAUCCCCAAACAAAAGAUGCUGGCACUGAUAACCAGCCGAGUGAUCCCUCACCUCUUCAUGGCGGUGGACAAAGUAUCCUCGGUUUCCAAAAAGAGGAACAGGACAGUUUUGGACUCUGCCUCAGUCCAUCUUAAACAGGGCUGAUCAUGUUUUGAUAUUAUUCCUCUUUGCAUGAAACACUAAUACUCACACUUAUAGACCCAAACAAACACCUGGUAUGGUUUUCUUGUGCCUUGACCCCUUUCUUUAGAUUCUCUGAACUUUAUUGAAUGAUUUUAUGUCCUGUAGAUGAUGAUGGAGACUAAGCCUUUCUGAAAUGUUCCUUUCUUACCCAGUUAUGCUUCAAAUUAACCUUAUUGUUGUCUUUGCACUAUUUUAAAUUGCGUACAGGCCUUUGAAUGAUUUGCAAACCAUCUUUUUCUGGAUCAAUAUUUCACACGGCGUCAUAACUUCUUUGGAAAUGGGGUUGUAGUUUUGAAAAGUUCACUAAUAUAGAGCACUUUUAGUUUAAGAGUGAGCUGUGUUCUCCUGCUGUUCCUUCACCCUGUUAUGUGGUAGAAGUUUGAGGAGGAUACACCCCAAACCUUGUUAGACUGUAACGUUGAUAAAUCACAUGAUUUGUUCUUGUCUUUGUCCCUCCAGGCUCCCUCUCCUGCAGAGACAGCGGAGGUUGGUCCUGCCCGUCCACAGCCUGGUGUGUCUUGCUGCCUUCGGCCUGGCUCUGCCCCUCGCCAUCAGUCUCUUCCCACAGAUGUCUCAGGUAUAACUCUGUCCUAUGUACUGAAGAUGCAUUAGGGACAUCAUCUAACAUGUCAGGUUGUAUCAAAACUUUUCCUUAAGUUGAUCUCCAAAUCUUGUUUUUUAUUUUGUCUCUACUUUCAUAGAGAUAUGAUAAUGAUAAUAAUCAUUUCCUAGGUGUUCAAAUGAGAAUUGAAAUUUAACAGGCUAGUUAGGAAAGUCAUUGAUAUUAUUAUCUGAUUAGGACGAGCAUUUAGUUGACCAUCGCUGGUAUCAGAGCUCUAUAAAAACACUAUUGCAGUGAAAAUAACUGCUCAGAUCUUUAAGUGUAACAUCCUGAACAAACGACACAGUAAUGAACAGAAACACAGAAAGCUCUUUUUACUCCAGCUCUGAAUGCUUCUGCUCUCCUCCUCUCAGCCACGACUCCUUUUCAGAGACUGGUUUUGAUGACUCAGUCUUUUGACCUCUUCAGUUUGAGCCUGUCACAGUCCCUCCCUCCUAAUGAGGCGUAGCCCUCUGAGACCUAACCUGCUCUGUAGUGAUCUGCACAGAACUUCUGUAGCCUUCAUUCACCAGACUGAGAUCUAACUUUAGCCUUUUUACCUUCAUUGUGUGUCGCUUUAUUGAUUAAACGGCCGUUUGAUUUUUAAAUUCCAACCCAUCGCUCUCUUUGUCUCCUCUCUGCCAACUGACUUCCUGACACGAGCCAACCAGCUCUGGCUUUAUAAUGUUUAGGAUUUAAUUACCGCUGAAAUAUCUCCGACAGCCAUAUGGCAGAAAACUUCAGACAUAUGUGCCGCCAACAGUCCUGUGAAAAGCAGGCCUGUUUGUCUCUAACAAGUCCUUUUUGCACUUUCGCAAGAAAAGCAGACAAAAAAAAAAAGAUCUCCCCAAAAAGCAACACGAAUGCCCUGUUCCCCCUCGAACCCUCCCUUUCCUCAGUUUGUCCCACUUCCCUGUUUCACACCUACCAAGAUGUCUGAUUAGGAUUCUGCCGCCGCUCACACCAACAGCCAUCUGUCUCUGGUUCAAAUAUUAGGAGAUACAAACCUCAAAUUAGACUUUAAUCUGCCAAAUUGGCUCCUUUUGCACAUUAGCAGUAUUUAAUAUUUAAAGCUUUUUUGAAGUAACAAAUGAAACCGUUUCAGAUCUUUGAGUAGCAGCAAAUCUCCGUCUAUGAUUCAUUUUCAGUCUAUAAAUCCUGCAUGUAAACGUUUCAUGUCAGAGCCAGAUAUUUGAGUUUCACCUUUUUUUUUUUUUUUGCUCUGCUUUGACUCCCACAGAUCAGUGUGAAUGAGCUGGAGCCAGAGAUCGCCAUGGCAACAGAUUGUAAGAUUUUGACAUACAAUAAAGGCCUGUGAGUGAUCUCUGCUACCUGGCAUGCGGAGAUCGGACCCGCUGAAGCUGAACGAAGCUGAAUGAAUUGUGGUAAAUGUGUUUGUGAGCAGUCAGCACGCGUUUACAGAAAAGGACGAUUAAUCAUGCGAGUAAAAUUUGUUUACGACAAUAAACUAACACGACAUGAUCUAUCAUUAUAAUGGACAUUUACACAGAGAAGAAUAGUAAAUAACUGAGACACUAGUUUUUUAGUAUAAAACAAGUUUGUUUGUCAUCUGAAGAGGCUACUAUCAAACAGCCUGAUGGCAAAAGAUGUGAAAUUUACCGUCCACUGCGGUAUUGAGACAGUCUGAAUCACCACAGGGGGAAUUCCUUUACCUGACCAGUCCUGUGUUUAUAAAAUAAGUCUGAAAUAGACGUUUGAGGAACUGCAGUUGUUUUAAAUUCACAUAAGCUUCGGUUUUAAACCCCAAAGUCGGCCCCAUCUAUGCAUAUAGCGUGAAUAUGAAUACAAUAACCAUCACUAGAGUGGGGUCCCAGGCCAUCAUGUCGUUUACAUCACAGUGUUGUUUCUGCAGCGUGCUUUUAUUCACCAGCCUCUCGAGACUCCACAUCUACCAGAUCUGACAGCGAACACUUCAUGCUGCAAACUUCAAGAGUCAAACACCUGAAAAUUUUUAGAAAUUUUCAAGAGCUGAGCAGAUUUUCAGUAUCUGCAAAGCCCACCUUGAAACCUCGGCUGAUGAUGUAACUGAAGCAAAAUCUGAUUUUUGCAAAUAGAAACCAAAUAAAGAACAAUAUAAGCGAAGCAAAUUAGGUAAAGCUGGAAGGUCUAAUUUACACUGCUGAAAAGUUUGCCUUGUUUUGUGCCUUUUCAUUUUCUUCUUUUCCCAAAUACACGGCUAAUCAGAGAAUUGUUUUAUAAUCUAAACUGAAUAAAAAUAAAAGGAUGAAGAUGGAGGAGGGCAUUUGUAAAUGCAUUGAAUGAGGAUCGUACAUGAACCACUGAAGGAAAUGAGGAUAAAUGUAUUUUUGUAAACUUUAUUUUCUCAUAUGUAGGUCAGAAAUUUUAUACUUUAUAAACUCUCUGAUUGCUUUAUGGGGAAAAUGUAAAUUAUGUUUUUUAUUGUAAAGAAAUUAAGAAAAAAAUCAGAAAAAUGUUGAACUGAAUUGUUUUUUUGUUCUUUGAUUUUAUUUUUUUAAAUCCUUGUAAUUAUUUGUUGCACAGUUGAAAUCACUCUACACAUCACAUGUUAGUCUUAAACCUGAUGAAGCCUGUGAACAGUUGCAUAUCUGUACUUUCACUGAAAUCACGCACCGACACUGUGAAUCUUCUACGUUUGAUAACAGCUGCUAACCUUUCUGUAAGUCUUCGCUCUGUGCUUUGGCGUCCUCUCACAGGGACUCGGAGGCUGUCAUUCUUAAAUCUUCAACAUGUUUACCUGCUUUGAUACCAGGUGAAAUGACUUUCUCUGUUUUCUAAGCUCCUCGUACAAACGACCUUGUCUUCGGGGAUGACUCAGUGACAACUGUAUUUACACAAAUGUGGAAAUCACUGUCAAAGUGUCUACUGUAAAAAUGCUCCCCUGUCUCUGUGUUUGUGUUUGCACUUGAUUUAUAUAAACGUUCUGUCUUCAGGUGUUAUCUUUUGUCAUGAUCUGUGUCAUUAGCGUGUUUGUUGCACGGUUGCCGGGGAAACGCAGCAUGGCAGGCAGGUUAUUGGACAAGACGCCACAUGCAGGAUCGGUGGAGGAUGCCGGUGGAAGUUUUGACACAUACCCGAGGUGA